CUCCGCCAGGAUGAGGGCCUCCCUGCCGCCGCUGGGGCCCCCUGUGAGCCCGGACCGCAUCAUCGCCAGCUUCCCUAAGUGGUACACGCCUGCCGCCUGCCUGCAGCUCAAGGAGCACUUCCACGGGCAGGUCAGUGCCGCCUGCCAGCGCAGGAGCACCGGCACCGUCGGGCUCAGCCUCUCCAAGGCGGUUGUCGUCGGCGACCUCCACGUGGGCAAGACCAGCCUCAUCCACCGGUUUUGCAAGAAUGUGUUCGACCACGACUACAAGGCCACCAUCGGGGUGGACUUUGAGAUCGAGCGCUUUGAGAUUGCCGGGGUGCCCUACAGCCUCCAGAUCUGGGACACCGCAGGGCAAGAGAAGUUCAAGUGCAUCGCCUCUGCCUACUACCGGGGCGCCCAGGUGAUCAUCACGGCCUUUGACCUCACGGAUGUGCAGACCCUGGGCCACACCAGGCAAUGGCUGGAGGACGCGCUGAGGGAGAACGAGCCGGGCUCCUGCUUCGUAUUCCUCGUGGGAACCAAGAAGGACCUUCUGUCCAGGGCGGCGUGUGAGCAGGCGGAGGGGGAGGCCGUGCACCUGGCCAACGAGAUGCAGGCCGAGUACUGGUCGGUGUCGGCGAAGACGGGGGAGAACGUGGCGGCCUUCUUCAGCCGCGUGGCCGCCCUGGCGUUCGAGCAGUCGGUGCUGCAGGCCCUGGAGAGGAGGAGCGGCUGCCCGCUCCAGGUCGGCGACGGAGACCUCAUCCGGAUGGAGGGCAGUCCCCCUGAGACCCAGGGGAGCGAGAGGCCCUCGGGCCUGGGCUGCUGUUAGCUGGGGUCUGUGUCCGAGGCCUCCAGUCCCGACACACGCGUGGGCAG